AUGUUAAUAAGAAAUCGUACUGCAUCCGGUCACGACAGAAUAAGACCAGAUCACCUGAAGAACCUUCCGCCAGUGCUUGUCAACACUCUGGCGAUGCUCUUUACACUUUAUCUGUCGGAAUGUAAUAUUCUCAUACUGUGGAACACCAGCAAGACCGUGCUAUUGUAUAAGAAUGGAGACCCGCAAGACAUCGGCAACUAUCGUCCAAUCUACUUAUUGUCUGUCGUCUGCAAGCUCUUCACAAGAAUAAUCCUUAACAUGAUAGAAAAUACAUUAGAUGAAGGACAGCCAUGCGAGCGAGCAGGGUUUCGAAAAGAGUUCAGUACGAUUGACCACAUACACACAGUCUCAAAACUUAUAGAAGUAUCGCGAGACAAGAUGUCACUGUGUCUCACUUUCGAUUUAAAGAAAGCCCUGAUAAAGUUGAAAUUGAGUUACCGAAGCAGUCAUGGAGGCCUUGGACAACCAAGGUGUCCUUACUCCAUCCAUAAAGAUACUUCGUGA